CAUCAGAUGAAGAAGAUGGCGAAGAAGAGGAGCCGUUGGAUCGGUAUAGGCCACGGUGAAUACUCUGAGAUUCCAGCUGAAAAGGACUUCUUUUCUAUCGUUAAAGCUAGUGAGCGAGUUGUUUGCCACUUCUAUCGCGAAAACUGGCCCUGCAAGGUGAUGGACAAGCACUUGAGUGCAUUGGCAAAGCAACAUAUAGAGACCCGUUUUGUAAAUAUUAAUGCCGAGAAAAGCCCAUUCUUGGCUGAGAGGCUCAACAUUGUUGUUCUUCCUACACUCGCCCUUAUAAAAAAUGUCAAAGUCGAUGAUUAUGUGGUUGGAUUUGAUGAGCUUGGUGGAACGGAUGAGUUUUCUACCGAAGAUUUGGAAGACAGAUUGGCUAAAGCUCAAGUCAUCUUCUCCGAAGGUGAAUCAUCGUCGAAGCCUGGAACACAGAUGAAAAGGAGUGUCCGACAAAGCUAUAAUGCCGACUCAACCGACUCAGAUUAACCGCAGGUUUGUUUCUAUUUGCAAGCUCUCUAUAUAU